AUGGAUUUGGAUUCGGAUGACGACGUCUUCAGACCUCCCAUAAAGUAUCGUGUGUAUAAAUCCCCCUCGCCGGUCAAAUCUGCUCGAAAAUCAAGACAAAAAAAGAAAACAAACAAAGAUUCGCCUAAAAAAGUUACCGAUCAUAUGACGCGAAUGAUCGAUGAGUCGACCGAGACGACCACGUCUGUCGCUCGGAAACCCUGCAUCAUGCAGCCUUCUAUGAUCAUUCCUGAGGAAGUAAUUAUCAGCACGACGAAUUUUGAUGGCGAUGAUAACAUAGAAGAUAGGCAAAAAACUCCCAUGGAAAUUGGUAUUGAUACCAAGAAUUUAAAGUCGGAGUGUGCCUCCUCUUGCAUUUUCGAGCAUUCCAAGCUCGCGAUCGACGAAAAUCAUUCUUCUGAUGCAGCGAAAUCACCAUCACUAUUCGAGAAACGACUCAAAAAGAAAAAGAUGUUGGCCUACAAACCAAAAGUUAACGAUACAAAGAACGUCGCUUUUUUAUACAAACCUGUCAGCUUAGUUUCAAAUUUUGUUGUCGGCGAUGAGACACCCACGCGUAAUUCUCAUUCAGACAACUUGGAGCAAAUGACGACUUUCGCUGACUCCGCACAAAAUAAAAGUAUAGAAAACGAAUUAAAUAAAAUUGUUGAUUUCGAUGAAACUUCCGAAUCGAACGAUAAAAACAAAGCAAAGGAGAUUAUCAUUGACUUGGAGCAUGUUGAUUUCGCGAAUGACCGCAAUGAAAACGACACUUUAUCUAAAGAAAUAAACUCGUUUUUUACAUCCCCUCCACGGGUAGGAAAUACGCUUACGAUUCAAGACGAUGAUGAGUACACAAGUUUUGGGAAUUUUUCGACCUUUAAGUCACUAUCCAUCCUUGAAGAAAAGAUGAUCGAAAAUGAAAAAAGGAACACCAACGUUUCGUCCAUACAAGAACCGAAUGUGAAAAAAUCGAAAUCGCCUAAUUUAUCGGUGAAUAACAUGACAUUUACUCAAAAUUCACCGUUAUUUCGUGCGGCAUCUGUCUGUCCUUGUUGCCAGAAGAAAUUCACUGGCAAGGCCAGGGAUACCAAGAGAAUGAUAAGCCACGUAAAAAAAUGUAGUAACAAGUUGGGGUUUUCCGUGACAGAUACGUUAUCUAUGUUGCAAGAUAUGACGGAAGAGGACGAUACAAAGACAGUCAAUUGGGCUGUCCAUGACCAAAUAAAAAGUCCUAGAGCUAAUGGUGUGCAGUUGACAGACUAUUUUGUCCCAAUGCAAAAAGAGAAGAAAAUUACAAACUCAAAACCUGAUUCACGGCUUUACACAUUUUCUUCUCUUGAAGGUGCAGAUGUUGACGAUGAUUUCAAGAGCAAUGUGAUGAUCACGGUGAUGUCAACAACUGAAAAGAAAGGAAAAAGAAAAAGGAAUGUGGAAGAAUCUGAUGACGACUUUCGCAUUGCCAAGGCUCUAUCAUUGUCAAUGAUGAAGCCACGAAAUCAGCGACGUAAGAAAAUUGCGUAUACUUUAGAAACUACUCCAAUUCUUCCCCCUGCACAAAGUAUAGAAAAGGCUAGAAGGAGAGCUCAACGAAUGUUCUUCAACAAAUCUGUAAUCGAUGAUAUCGCAAAAGAGUGGUCUUUCAUUUCCCCAUUUGGUCCAAGCAAUAUUGCGAGGCGAUUCGAAUGUCGUUUGAUCGACUCAGACGCUGAUGAAAGAAACAAAAUGGCUUCCGGGUCUUGGAGAGAACCGAUCUCAUUAUGGGAAAUACAAGCACUUGGCGGACUAGAUAACCCUUUGACCGAUGAUGAUUAUGUCACCGAUAUGUUAAGAGAAAUAACCCGUUCUUAUAUACCACCACCAGGAGGGCAUCCGCUAGGCCCUUGCUAUGUACAACCAUUUAGACGAAGGUUUGAAGUAUGCAGCCGAUGUAUCAUUAAGUAUUGGGGUAGGUUGCCGCCUGAAAAUGAUCCAGUGCGAAAUGAUAAUGUGACCGAAAGGAAUUACUAUUAUUAUCAGUAG